GAGUGUUGUUGCUUUUUUAUGCCGGGCAAACAAAUCGAAAAACAAAAAUGAAUCUCUUCGAGGAGCUGGACACGUUGGAUCCCAGCUCGAAGGUGGUGCCGCCACGUAUUGAGACACCUACCCCGCACAAAAUAGCCGUAUUGAUAUUGCUCAAGCAGUAUGUGAAAGACAAAAGCAAUUCUCUGGACACGGGCAUUGCGAUGCGUCCACAAGCGCGUCGCAUGUUUUGUAUGCUAAUGUUCAAGCUGGUGCAGGAGGCGGACAUGUCCUACAACGAACUCCACAAUUUGCUCACCUCGCGUCCUUACAAACUGGAGACUCUGAUGCUCGAAUCCUUUGAGAAGGCAAUGUCCGAGUUCUGUGGCACCGCUAGCAUCGAGGCGCUGUUUGAUUUUGCGGAUAUGCAGAACAUAGAUACACUGCAUCAUGCCGAUCUUGGCGUUAGUCAGUUCAGCAUGGUUGGCGUCUAUGUGCGACGCAUUGCUGUGGUCCUGCAGCGUUUCACCUUUGCGGAGAUGAUGUGCAUGUACAGAAACAUUUGUGCCUACUAUGAGCGAGGCAUACAAGCUCUCUCCAUGGGCACACGCAAACCCAUAGCUGGCGGAAUCCUGCACAGAGCUCAUUCCCCACCGCCGGCAGUGGCCACAUCUGAUGGCUCACUAAAAGCAAAGAAGGAGGAGUUAGCUUCUAUCAGUAAUGAACGGAAUCCUCUGUGCAAAUGGGCACCCAAACAAGCCAAAUUCUUUAUUAACCAGCAAUCCGAUCUGUUGGAUCACGAUGAGAGCAACGCGCUGCCGCCCAAGGAGCUGGAGCGUAAAGUGCAGGAGAUCAUACAGGAUUUACCACUAAACACCACAUCAUAUUUUCUGGGCUACAUGAAUCAAUUGAGAGUGCGGGAUUAUAAUAAUGCCUUGUCGGCGCUGCAUCGUGCUCUGGAUCGUUCGCCAGUGCGUUUGAUGAGCCAGGAGAAGGGCUAUCAAUACUUCUGCAUCAAUCUGGCCGUGCUGCAUGCCACCUUUGGGCAUCGCGACGAGGCACUGGCUGCUCUUAGAGAAAGUAUUAUGCUCGCCCAGGAGCAUGGAGAUAAACGCAGCUUGAAUCUGGCCAAUACCUGGUACUGUCUGCUGCGGGAUGAACUGCCUCUCUCCUAUGUGCAACGCAGUGUUGCUGAUAUCAGCGAUGCGGAUGGUAAUCUCCUGCAGAACUGCACGCUGGCCCUGCACUUUGCCGUCAAACUAGGCACAGUGGCGGGCUAUCAACCGUUGCGUCUGUUUGACCUGUUGCAGCACAGCGAUCACCUGACGAAUCGCAACAAUCUGGCUAAUCAUGCCUCCGAGGCAUUGGCACUACGUAGUGCCGUCUGGUGUGCCUAUGGCAGACACGAACUAUCAGCUCUUUAUGCCCAGCUGCUGCUGUCUGUACGGGAUCGCUUCAAUAGCAAUGGCUCCGCUGGCAUGGGCAGCGCCUUGGCCAGCUUUGCCUUGUGGCUGCAGCUGCAGGGAGAGAUGCGCCUGGCACGUGUGCUGCUCCACCGGGCACGUGAACAGCUGCCACGCAUGCCCAGCGCCGAGUGCUGGAUGAUUAGCCAGUGCCAUGUCAUCAUCCAGUCGGGCAUCUAUCGCUGUCGUUGGCAUGACGCUCUCAAGGCAUGUGAUCAGCUGCAUCUGCUGGAUCCAGCAGGUUCUAUGCAACAACGUGCUGCCAUUUAUGUGGCCAAGCGGGAGUUCUUCAAUGCACGCCGACUCCUGGACAAGCUGGCGGCAAAGUCGGAGCUGCCGUUUCUCUUGCGGAUGCGAGUCCAAGUCUUGUUGGCCUAUUGCAGCUUAGCUGAGGGUCGCUUUUCCAGCGAGGCGGUCACAUUGCUGCUCCGCGUAGCCGAGGACAUGUCCGACUCGCAGAUGGACUACGAACUGGCGCUGGUGGACAUGCUGCUGGCACAGGUGCUGCUGCUACUGGGCAUGCCACAGAAGGCAUACCAGGCCAUCAAGCGCAGCAUGGAUGACAUUCACAUCAACGGCGGUCUCUAUGAGCGGGCCAAGACGGACUUCGUAUUUGUUCGCUGUCUACUUGCCAUUACGGACAUGGAAGCACGCAAGGCACAACUUUUAAAAUCUCUGGAUAUACUGGAGCGUUCGGCUCAGUCAUUUAAACAGCUGUCGGCUCAUGCCAAAGUCCUGGAUGUCUAUGUGUUCCUCGCACAGCGUUUCAAUGAGUUCAACGAGCGUGGACUGCGCAACAAAUACGCCGGGGAAUUUCGACGCUAUUUCAUGGAUCAUCCCAUACCGCGAGAGUAUCUGGGCGGGCCAUAGAUGUGAUUUAAAACAUAUUACUAAACAAAAAAGUUCUCGAUAAUAAUUAAUAAAUUUCAAAUCCUUUCAUUUUUUUA